CCAAUCCCACCCCUUUUUCCCUGGAGUUCCGACCCUUUUCCCGGCUCUUUCUCCCUAAAAAUCCAAGGAAAUUCCUGGAAUUCUCAUUCCCAGCCUGAUCCAGGAUGGCGGGAAGGUGCGGAGCGUGCGGGCCGGGCUAUCCCAGCCCCCUGGAGGCCAUGAAAGGGCCCCGGGAGCGGCUGCUGUACCUGCCCUGCAUCUACCGGAACACCGGGAUCAACAUUCCCGAUUUCCUGGCCACCGUGGAUGUGGAUCCACAAUCGCCGCAGUACUGCCAGGUUGUCCACCGGCUGCCCAUGCCCAGCGUGGGUGACGAGCUGCACCACUCAGGCUGGAACGCCUGCAGCAGCUGCCACGGGGAUCCCGGCAAAUCCCGGGAUUUCCUCAUCCUGCCCGCCCUCGUCUCAUCCCGAAUCUACGUCGUGGACGUGGCCACCGAGCCCCGAGCUCCCCGCAUCCACAAGGUGGUGGAAGCUGAGGAAUUAUCCCGGAAAGGCGGCGCUGCUUUCCCUCACACUUCCCACUGCCUUCCCUCGGGAGAGAUCCUCAUCAGCUGCCUGGGGGAUCCCCAGGGAAACGGAAAAGGCACUUUCAUCCUCCUGGAUGGAAAAACCUUCGAAGUGAAAGGAAAUUGGGAAAAAGGAGGGAAAACUCCCAAUUUGGGCUACGAUUUCUGGUACCAGCCCCGGCACAACGUCCUCAUCAGCACCGAGUGGGGAGUGCCCAAAUUCCUGGAGCAAGGAUUCAACCCCAAGGACGUGCAGGAAGGGCGUUACGGGCGCCGCAUCAACGUUUGGGAUUGGAGCGAGCGGCGGCUGCGGCAGGAGCUGGAUUUGGGAUCGGGAGCGGUUCCCUUGGAAAUUCGCUUCCUGCACAAUCCCGACGCCGCCCAGGGAUUCGUGGGAUGCGCCCUCAGCGGGGAGAUCCGCAGGUUCUACCGGAACGCCGAAGGAAAAUGGGAAGCGGAGACGGUGAUCCAGGUGCCCAACAAGAAAGUCCAAGGAUGGCUCCUCCCAGAAAUGCCAGGGCUGAUCACGGAUAUCCUGAUUUCCCUGGACGACCGAUUCCUGUAUUUCAGCAACUGGAUCCACGGCGACGUGCGCCAGUACGACAUCUCCGACCCCAAAAAUCCCAAACUGGUGGGGCAGGUUUUUCUGGGAGGCAGCAUCUGCAAAGGGGGAGCAGUGACGGUGCUGGAAGAUCGGGAAUUGCGGGAACAGCCGGAGCCCUUCGUGAUCCAGGGCAGGAAGGUGCCGGGGGGGCCGCAGAUGCUGCAGCUGAGCCUGGACGGGCGGCGGCUCUACGUGAGCACCUCCCUGUACAGCGCCUGGGACCGGCUCUUCUACCCCGAGCUCCUCAGGGAAGGCUCGGUGCUGCUGCAGCUGGACGUGGACACGGAGCGGGGCGGCCUGGCCGUCAAUCCCAAAUUCCUGGUGGAUUUCGGGAAGGAGCCGGGCGGGCCCUGCCUGGCGCACGAGAUGCGGUACCCGGGGGGGGACUGCACCUCCGACAUCUGGCUGUGA